CCUAUACAACAUCUUUUCAUUAUCAACUUUCUCAAGUGGUGGCACCGCCCCAUGCUUUGCAAUUUAAAACUGGCUGGAUUGUGGUCGAGUCCAGCGUCUGUCGCCGUCACUCUCGCUCUUGCGCUUCCGACGCUAUAGUGCUCGGACCGACCACCUCCUCCUCUUCUCCAUCCUUUUAGCUAGCCAUGGGUGACCGGUACCGUAGCGCGCAGUCCCCGCGCAACAGCAGCGGCGGCGUGUCAGACGAGCGUUUCGGCAAGCUCGUGACGGAGACGAGCAAGGGCAUCUCGACCUUCAACCAGCUCACGCGCAGCAUCGCGCAGAAGAUGUCGCUGUUCGGUACACCGCAGGACUCGCGCUCCAACCACGUGCAGAUCAAAGAGCUGACAGAGAAGGGAAACAAGCUCGUUGCGAAGAUUAACCGCCGUCUGCAGGAGCUUAACCGCGGAGCCAAGGGCGCUGCUGGCCGCGCACGACGCACGCAGAUCAACAAACUUUCCGCGGAUUUCAAAAACCAGGUGCGCGUGUUCGAGGAGACGUGUGAGCGCCUGCUUGACUCGGAGCGGCAGUCGGUUGAAUUUAUCCGCCGCUCAUCGCAAAGUUUUAAGGGUGGCGACGGCCGCCAGACGCGCGGUGGAGCCGAGUUUACCAACUACAGCGAGGAUCAGAUCUACGCACAAGCCAACGUUAUCGUCUACGACGAAGACGAUCUGCAGCGGAGAGAGGAGGACAUUAUCCAGAUCAACCAUCAGCUACGUGAGGUGAACGCUGCCUUCCAGGAGAUCGACGGUCUUGUGCAAGACCAGGGAGAAAUGGUGGUGGAGAUUGUGGAAAACACGGACACAGCCAAGGACAACGUGGAGAAGGCUCUGGAGCAGGUGAAGCAGGCGGAAGAGCGCAGGAACUGCUGCGCAUGCUCAAAGAUGAAGCUCAUUUGUAUCGCCAUCUUCGCACUGCUCGUCUUCAUCGCCCUUAUGGGUAUCAUUUUCGCGGCCAAGUGAUCAACUGCUACGGGAUUUAGGCAAUUUGUCAUUAUGGUCAUCCUGGUAUCGUCUUGUGAAUAUUGUCCAGCAACGAAGGACGACAGCCAUCCCCAAGCAGGAAAUCACAGAGAAGCAGUGAAGCCGUUUAUUUCUAAUAGUAAGUGGGUUGUAUAACUUUUGAUGCUUUACUGGUAAUUUACAUUCGACCUUGAAAAUUACGAAUAAAUUCUUCAACACUAUUGCUCUGUAAGCCGGAGACGAGCACCAAUUUCGGUGAUCAUGUGCGAGCCUCGACGCGUGUCAAGAUUCCGUUUCGACCGCGAGCUUCGAAGGAUGCUUCCGGCCAUGGACUUGAGCAUGGUGCCAACCGAUCCACUGCUGUUCCGUCGUCGUCGUGUGCUUGCUUCUGAGGGUAGUAUCAUGUCUUCCUGUUGGCGUGCAAGGAAUCGUGCUCGUGAAGUGGCAUCCGAAGACGAGCUACCUACUUGCCUAGUACUUGAGCUUCUGCCUUUGAGGUGUGGCCGUGGAUCGACCGAGAACAUUGCCGAGAAGGGUACAACAGUGUCUCGCUCGGACGAGUCGAAGCACACCGCACAGACUCUCUCCUUCUCGUUAACAGCUUCGACAACACCAUUAAAGUAUCGAGCAGUACCAUGGACCCGACCCAUUACGGCCUCUCCGACAAUGAAAAUUACAGGUGAUAGCUCAAACCCCAUAGUAUCAAUGCUGUAGUUAGUCAAUCGUUGAGAAUGGGAGAGCGCAGUAGUAUCAUCCAAACGUGUGAUCUUAUCGGGCGGCAAGUGUGCUUUCUGCUCGCCAUAGUCGAACACCAGGGUAUAUAUGUACGUCGACGCAUGCACCGGUGAUCCAGCACCAGAUUCUGGAGCACUGGUAGGGUCUUGAGAAGUUCUGGCAGUGAUUUUGGCAGAACAAUAUCGUCCAAACCGUGAACUCCAUGCAAGCACGUAGUCUCCCACUG